AAGGAAAUAAAAAAGAAAAGCAAAGCAGCCUGUCCCUCUUCCAUUCUCCUACCGCCAGACCACACCACCAUGGCCGCGGCCGCCGCCGGUGCCUCUACUUCCGCCGCAACUGUGUCCGCAAUCUCUGCCCAAAUAGCCGCCGGAAGACUCUUCGCCGCCAUAGACAAUCUCACCCCUUCCUGUUCCUCCUCCCCUAUACCCUCCUCGCUCUACGCCUCCCUCCUCCGUCUGGCCACCCACCACGGCUCCCUCUCGGCCGCCCGCCGCAUCACGACCCACUUCGCCUCCUCCGCCUCCCAAUUCAACCGCUCAUCAGUCCCCACCUUCCUAUUCAACCGCGCCAUCGAGUCUCUUGCUGCCUGCGGCGGCCUCGCGGACGCGCGGGAGUUGUUUGACUUAAUGCCGCGCCGUGACGGCGGUUCUUGGAACGCCAUCAUCUACGCUUCCUCCCGCGCCGGGAAACCCACAGAGGCGCUUUCCCUCUUUGCCGAUAUGUACUCCCGUGGCGUUCGCCCCAACGAUGUCACAAUGGCAUCCGUGCUCGCCUGCUGCUCAGAGUGCCUCAACCCGUGUGGUGCCCAGCAGCUCCACGGCCAUAUCUCCAAGCGGGACUUCCAGUCCAAUGUGAUUCUUGGCACAGCGCUGGUUGAUGUGUAUGGGAAGUGCCACUUACUUGCAGAUGCGAGGCAGGCAUUUGAUGGUAUCUCUGAACCUAAUGCCAUUUCGUGGAAUGUCAUCAUCCGGCGGUAUCUUCUUGCUGGGAUGGGGGAUAUGGCAGCUGAAAUGUUCUUUCGGAUGGUCCGGGCAGGAGUUAGGCCGCUUGUUUAUACCGUCUCACAUGCACUUCUUGCUUGCCGGGAUAACAAUGCGCUUGAAGAAGGACGGUGCAUGCAUACUUUUGUGCUCCGUCAUGGGUACGAGCACCACAUCCAUGUGCGGAGCUCAGUGGUGGAUAUGUAUGCCAAGUGUGGUGCCAUUGAUGCAGCCCAAAGGCUCUUCAACGUGGCACCAGUGAAGGACGUAAUAAUGUCGACCUCAAUUUUGUCAGGACUGGCUUCUUGUGGGAGGAUUGGUGAUGCAAAGCGAGUGUUCGACAGGAUGCAAGAGCGUAACUUAGUGUCCUGGAAUGCUAUGUUGACUGGUUAUAUCAGGUCCUCGGAUCUGACUGGUGCUUUGCAUUUGUUCCAGCAGAUGAGGAAGGAGACAAAGGAGCUUGAUGAUGUUACACUUGGUUCGGUGCUAAAUGCUUGUACUGGGAUGCUUGAUAUUAGGAAAGGUGAGGAGGUCCAUGCAUUCGCUUUCAAGUGUGGUUUAUUGAGUUACCCUUUCCUAAAGAACGCUCUUGUGAGGAUGUAUUCCAAAUGCGGAUGCCUGAGGAGUGCAGAACUGCUUCUUCAAUUCGAGAUGGGAGAGAGAGACCGAUACUCCUGGAAUUCACUUAUUUCAGGCUAUGAGCGCCACUCCAUGAGUGAAGCAGCUCUGCAUGCACUGAGUGAAAUGCAAUCUGAAGUAACUCCUAACCAGUCCACGUUCAGUUCGGCACUGGCAGCCUGUGCCAACAUUUUUCUUCUUAAGCACGGCAUGGAGAUUCAUGCGUACAUGAUCAGAAGUGGCUAUGAGAUUGACGAUAUACUGCAAAGUGCACUGAUUGACAUGUACUGCAAGUGUAGGCUAUUUGAUUAUGGCAUCAGGAUAUUCGAGGCACAGCCAUCUCGUGAUGUCAUCCUGUGGAAUUCGAUGAUCCUUGGCUGUGCUUACAGUGGCAAAGGUGAGUAUGGGCUUGAAUUGUUUGAUGAAAUGCAGGCGCAAGGGAUUAAGGCCGACUCUGUCACUUUCCUCGGUGCACUAGUUUCAUGUAUCAGCGAGGGGCAUGUUGGGUUGGGAAAGAGUUAUUUCACUUUGAUGACUGAGGAAUCCAUCCUUCCUCGCAUGGAGCACUAUGAGUGCAUGAUUGAGCUGCUGGGCAAACAUGGACACAUGGUUGAGCUCGAGGAUUUUGUGGAUCACAUGCCGUUUGAGCCACCAACCACAAUGUGGUUAAGGAUCUUCGACUGCUGCAGGGAAUAUGGAAAUAGGAAAUUAGGGGAGCGGGCUGCCAAGUGCAUCAAUGAUAGCAAUCCCCAGACACCGGUUCGAUAUGAGGCCACUGCAGACUACAUGUGCAGUGAUGGUGGCAGUGCAGAGCCCAUGUCAUUUGGUAACCCGGACGAAGAAUUGAUGUCGCCGCUGUGAGUGCCAUGACAUCGACUCGCAGGUGGCUGAGCUGAAAUUCUUAAUUGCCAAAUCAAGGAGCAGACUUGAAAAGGAUUUUCAGGUGCUUGUGAUCCCAUAGCAUCAGUGUUGACACUUGACAGGACUACCCUAGUACAGUUGGUCGAGCUGAAGACAGGGUCUCUGGGCCGAAUGGAGCUUGUAAUUAUAAGGAUGAUAACAAGACCUCAAGCUUUCAUCUCAGCUGACUGAUGAAGAUGAAUUGGAGCUCAACUUUGCAUGAUUAUUCUGGCACUCACAAGGAAGUCACAUUGAGUCUUCUAGUCUGUCUAUGUUGAUUGGCUCGGUGCUGAGACUUCCUCAUCGGCUAGGAAGAUGCCGAGGAAUUUGUAAAGUAUCACCUCUGUUCCAAAUUAUAAGACGUUUUAUACAUACGGAUUGAAAUGA